GACGUUUAUAUCUAGAAAAACGAAUCUGGCAACUUCUCUUAAUAAGCGUUUUUAUAAACAAAAACAUUUUGCCAUUCAUAUCGAUUUGAUAUCUUGAGAAAAAAGAACUAUUUAAGUAUUUAUCCUGUUAAAAUUUUAGUUUCACGCUUUUAAUAAAGAUUAGUUUUGCAAUACGUAAAUAUAAAUACGGUUCAUUUGUAGCAUAGUUUCUUCAAAAAUGGCUGAUCGCUUGUCGCAAUUACAAGAUGCAGUAAUGGCUCAGGCUGAAAAUAUUUGCAACAGUAUUGGUAUUUUACAACAAUGUGCUACACCAAGUCAUUUUCCAGAGUUCGAUCGGGUCAAUCCAAAAGCUCCGCAGCCCCCAGAAGAUUUCUGCAUGACAUUUGCGACACUGAUAAGUCGAACGGCUAAAGAUAUUGACGUCUUAAUUGACAGCCUGCCCAGCGAAGAGUCUUACCCUGAGUUGCAGGAGGCCAGCAUUAAGCGUCUUGACGAAGAAAAUAAAGAAGCUGCCAGAAGAUUGGAAGAAAGUGUCCGAAAAGGAGAAAUCCUUCUUGAACAAAUCAGAAAAGUUCUCUGCGAUAUUGCUAUGUCAGAACUCGAAAUGCAAAAAUCGAACAAUCAAACCAAAUAAAUUAACUCAUAAUUGUUUUUUUGAACCUUGAUUUACGGUUAUAUGAUAUUGUUUUGAUAGACAAUAUGAUUUUUUAUCUUUAAACUGCUUUAUGAAAAGUUAAUUUGAUAAUAAGCCUGAAUUAUCAAACGUAGAGGUGAUUGUUAGCCCAAAACACAAAUUCUAAGAAUGUCUUGAGUAAAAUUAUUAAUGGCAUUUCAAAAAAUUAAUGUGCUUAUAAAUUAAAAUCAUUGAUAUUUUCAAAAACAAGAAAUUCUAAAUAAAUUAUAUUCAGCAUAA